AUGACUAUUAUUGAUAUUGGACACUUCUUACGUAACUCUAAGGAAGCCUUAGAAAAUUUGUUAUUUAAUAUGGCAAACAGUUUAACCUCUCGUUCUCUAGUGUUUCAAAUGAUAAAUGGUCAAACAUUAAAUAAAAAAUCAUUUUGUUUUUUAAAAAUACCAAACGAGGGUUUAAAAUUGUUCAUCAAGGUGAUGACAGAGGUAAAUGUUACAAUUAUAUUUUUUGCUCAAGCUCGUGAGUUGUCUAAAGUAAAGAGUACGACUGUUCAAUUACCACAAACUUUAUUUGGACACAAUUUACGGUCCAUGUUGGUGGACCAAUUUAAUUUAUUGGCGAUAGGAAACACAUUUAUAUUAGCUGUCAAUGAGAAUUAUAUAUCUGACAGUUCUCAAAUUACCUUAAAAGAAAAGGAUAUUGUGGCUGUUAUUCCGCCCAUAAGUGGAGGUUAA